GCGUGCGAAUUGCGUCCUCAUUCAGACAGCACGUAUUUUGCUAAUUAAUUAAAAUAAUACAACAAUCAUAUUCACAUGAACGCCUGGAGGUUGUAUUCUGUCUGUAUCAGUUGCAAAUGCUGCAUUAUGGUUAUGAUGUUCAUAAUCGAGUCAUUGAACCUAGUUGCGGCGUGGUGACACUGUGCUGUGGUUUGUGGGUCGUAAAUAUGUAAAUAAACAUGAACGAUAUCAGCGUAAAAAUAGUGGAAUCAGUGAAGGAGCAGCCCGUCGGUGAUGAGACGCCCUCGGCUGGUAUCCUUGCGGAAAAUGCGGUGGAUCCAUUGGCGAUAGAAGACAGUGCCGUGGGUGUUUCAAAGACUCCUUUGAAUGAAGAGGGCACGCCAGAGAUUGUAGUAAAGGCGGGAAUCUGUGAUGAAAAUGCCAAAGAUGAGAAGUCCAUUGAGAGUGAUAGGAAGGAAUGUGAUAAGUUAGUUGCAUUACAAGCAGAAAGGAUAAAAGAGGAAUUACUAAAAGAGGAUAGCAACUCUCCCUGUUUUGUGGAGCCGUCCGAAGAGAAGGCGACACCGGUUCAUGAUGCAGAGACUCCGGUUGAGGCAGAGCAGACAGAACCAGUUGCCGAAUCAGUCCCAGCUGACGAGGAGCCUAUGACAGUUGAUGAGUCCGUUAAGGAGCCUGAGACUGUAGCCGUAGCCGAAGCCCCUAAAACCGUUAUCCCCGUAGAAACACCUCCGCCUAAGGAACCCAGUCCUCUCAAAGAAGUUCUACCGGUUGUUGAAGUUCCAUCGACGGUGGAAACCGAUGUAGAGAUGAACGAAACACCAAAAGAUGACGAUAAACCUGAACCCCCCAAGGAUCCCAAGCCUAAAAAGGAAUCUGUAAAUGGUGAUGUUAGUAAGGGAAGUCAUAAGGAUGACCAAUCUUCGAAGCGGCGCGCCAGCGAAGAGGUCGAAACAGAUUCACCGCUCAAGAAACUGUACCAAGAAGUAGAGAAAGCCUUCCCUCAACACGAUAUUAUGAUCAACGACUACAUACAAACCGCCACGAAAAAUAACAUAGAGGAAAUACAAAAGCACACGGAACAGUUGUUAGCAGAAAUACAGACCUUACGUGAACUAGCACAGAAAAAGGAACAAGAAUGGAACAAUAUACUGCACUUAAAGAAAGUGAAAGAGGAAAUUUUACUAAGGUUGUUAAGAAGAAAGCAAGUACUGUCAUUUGAAAAGGCGGCUGAGGUGAACGGAUCAGACCGCACUGACCCAUUUGACUACUUGAAUCAAGCAAAAAACUUAGCGAUAGACAAAAGUGACGAGAUCUCAGGGUUGUCAAUCAAGCAGCCUGGCCCCUCAAGCAUGAGCCCCAUGAUGCAACCUCAAGUGAUGCCGGUGACUUCCCACUUCAACCCUAUGUCAGGGCUGCCCCCACCAUACGACAAAGCUGCACAUAUGCAAAAUAUGCCAAAGCCAGUUUACCCACAGCCCAUGAUGAUGCCUGGCCCAAUGCCAGGGUUCCCACGGGACAUGAACGGGCAAUUGCCCACUGGGUACAACAUGCCUAUGGGUCGGCAGGGCCCCACCAAGGAUGUGAAGUCGAUCAUAGCUGAUUAUAGACAGCGGAAUCCUGAGAUGACUCCGCGAAGGGGUCGGAGAAUGAAAUCGAUUUUAAAUCCUAAUAUGAUGGGUGCCCCGAGGCCAAUAGCACCGAAAAUGGAUAGCAUGAACAACUUGAACAACCUGAAUAUGCUUUUCAACAAUUUAGAUAUGAACCAAAAAGCGAUGCUGGAAAGGUUGCAACAGAUCCAAGCGGGAGGUUUACCCAAUGGGCUCUCGUUCAAAGACGUACUCGUUCAGUUCGCAAAUAUGCAGCAGAGCAGUUCCGGGCUCAUCCCGCCGCGGCCGGAGCCCCCGAGGCCGGAGCCCCACGCGCGCCCGGAGCCCCGCCGCCGGCCCGAGCCGCGCCAUGAAGAGAUGCACCCGCCGCCUAAACAGGUACGCCCCGCGGAUGCCCCGCGAACGCCCCACAAAUGCCCCGCGGUCGGCUCAAGCCCCGCCGCCGCCCGGGCCGCGUAA